AUGUUAUCAGGUGUUGGCCCGAAAACACAUUUGGAAUCAAAGAAUAUUGAAUGUAUAGUUGAUUCGCCUGCUGUCGGACAAUAUCUAAAAGAUCACGCAUUGAUCCCAGUUACUAUAUAUGGCAAUGAACCGGGUCCAUUGAACGACGCUGUGAGACAAUUUCAAGCUAUUGAAUAUCUUUAUAAUCGGACAGGAUAUUUAUCUGAAAUUAAUAUCGCUGAUGUUAUUUCAUUUUACUCGACAAAAAUUUUUUCUCUUUAUCCUGAAUUCCAAAAUCAUUUAAUUUUGGUUCCGAAAAACUCAACUGCAUAUGCAAGGGAAAUUUUCAAAAGAUUCAUGUUCAAACCAAGCGUGAUAGAUUCUAUAGUAGAACAAACAAGGCAUAAUGCAUUGUAUGCUUUUUUGUUUAUUUUACUGCAUCCUUACUCUUAUGGAAAUAUAACAUUGAAAUCUUCAAAUUCGAAAGAUCAUCCGCUUAUAUAUCCUAACUACUUUGAUGACGACAGAGAUGUUAGUGCUGUAGCGCGAGGAAUAAAAAAACUUACGACCAUUGUAAACACGAAAUAUUUUAAGCAAAUAAAGGGCCAUGUAGGAAGAAUGAAGUGUCCAGAUUGUGAUAAUCUUAUUUUAGAUAGUGAUGGUUACUGGAAAUGCAUAGCUCGCAAUGCGGUUGUAACACUUUACCAUCCAGUGGGAACAGCCAGAAUGGGAACAAACAUACAAGAAUCUGUUGUUAGCAGUCAAUUAAAAGUGCAUAAUAUUGAUAAAUUACGUGUAAUUGAUGCAAGUGUAAUGCCUUCUACGGUAAGUGGAAAUACUAAUGGUCCAGUCAUAAUGAUUGCAGAAAGAGCUGCUGAUAUGAUAAAAAAUGAUUAUGGCGUUAAUCCAAAGGAGUCUAGAAAUGAAUCAUUAAUCAAAAAAUUUCUUCAACUUUUAUCUCAGUGAAUAUUUAAGAACGAUUUAAAAACAUCCAUAAAUUAAUGGAUUUGUUGUAAAAUUUAUUAUAUCCGAGCCAAUUCAAAGUAACAACUUGAUCAUAGAAAUUUUUAUCAGUACAUUACACAUUAUAUUUUCAGUUUAACGAAUAGUAUUUAGAACCGGUACUUGAAAAUUAUUCAAAAAGCAUGACACUGCAAGAAUAUUUAAAAUUUGUUGCACAAACAAAUAGGAAUUAUUGCAUCAUGAAAGAAGAUAUUUUUCAUAACCCCUAAAUGAAAUAUUGUAUUAUCGAAUAUCUUUCCGAUAUAUUUCGAAUACUGGAAUGUUUUGAUAAGUUUUUAUAUA